CCGACGAAUUGAGACGCAGUCUGGCAGGCCGCGCAUGCGUCGAUUCGUUAGUCGCAUCGUAUAAGCAGAGCAACGGACGUGAAAUUGUCAGAAGUUUAGGAGAUAGUUUCGAUCGUUCGAGAGAAACAAUUGCAGCAUAUUGCGUCAUAUAAACAAGUUAACGAAUAUUGAAGAUGCUGCUCGCAAGAGUGUGCCGAGCUGGUGCUUCACCAGCUUUGGCCAGUUUACUGAAAACCCCAGUUACUUCGAAACCGUUUAUUCCAAGGAUUCAAUCUUCGAGAUUGUUCGCUAGUGGUGGUCGUAAUGCAUUUACAAGAACUGCUCGACGAUCUGCCACCGUUUCAGAGCAGGCGAUGGCUCCUGCAGGAGAAACAGCGUUUAAUAUUGGAAAGGGCGCUGUUGCUGGUGGUGCUGUGGUAGGAUUAGGUGCUUUAUGCUAUUAUGGAUUGGGUCUUUCAUCGUCUACAGGAGCCAUAGAUCAUGUGCAGAUUUGGCCCCAAUAUGUGAGAGAUAGGAUUAAAACUACAUACAUGUAUUUUGGUGCAUCUGUAGCAGCUAGCGCUGCAUCCGCAGCUGUAUGUUUACGUUCGCCAGCUAUUAUGAACAUGGUAAUGCGCCAAGGGUGGCUUGCCCUAGGUGCAACCAUGAUAGCAAUGAUUGGUAGCGGAAUAGCGGUACAGAGUAUUCCCUAUAAGGAAGGUUUUGGAACAAAACAAAUGGCAUGGCUAGUUCAUACUAGUAUUGUUGGCGCAGUCCUUGCACCUUUGUACUUAUUAGGAGGACCAUUGGUACUUAGAGCAGCAUGGUAUACUGCUGGUGUAGUUGGUGGUUUGUCAAUGGUAGCUGUUUGCGCGCCGAGUGAAAAAUUCUUAAAAAUGGGAGGACCACUUGCAAUUGGUUUAGGAGUUGUAUUUGCAAGUUCUGUAGGAUCAAUGUUCUUACCGCCUACCACAAUGCUUGGAUCUGGUUUACAUUCAAUGGCUCUGUAUGGUGGUUUAUUGCUAUUUUCUAUGUUCCUUUUGUACGAUACGCAAAGAAUUGUCAAACAAGCACAAGUAUAUCCACAGUAUACACUCGACAUGAGGCCAUAUGACCCAAUCAAUAAUGCGAUUUCUAUUUAUUUGGAUACGAUGAAUAUCUUUGUCAGAAUCCUCACAAUAUUGGCAGGUGGUGGAACUAAUAGGCGAAAGUAAAGUUCUAAAAGCUUCUUUUUUUUUU